AUGAAGUUCGCCAUGCGCUUCCUCGUGUCCGCGCUCGGCGUUGCGGCCGCUGCCAAGUCUGCAGGCCACCUCCGUGCAUCUCUGGCCAGUGAUAUCACCGCACCCCAGCAGGCCCUUUUGUCGCUGGUUGCGGCUGCAGCCAAUGGAAGGGGCGAUUCUCCCGAAUUCGACAUCUCUUCCCUUGCCAGCAUGGCACAGUCCAUCUCCAAGACAGGUGGCGUCCCAGAGACUGUGAACACCAUCAAGGGCCUUGUCACCGGCAUGCUGGAGAGCCUUUCCCAAGAAGCCUCCGCCGCACAGCUUGGCGUCACGAACAAGACCUUGUUUGAGACAUGCAAUGCCAACAAGGCUGCAGCAAUGGGCGAGGUGGCUAAGCUUGAGGCGGCUGCGCCUGCUGAUGGCCACUACGCGGAGUACAACCAAUGCAUUCAGGAGCUCGCAAACCUCAACACGACGGCCCAGAGCUGCACCAGCCAAGAGGAGCUGCUACGCGUGGCCAAGCAGGCCCGCUGCGAGUACUUCUCAGCUGUGGAUCGCUCCAACAACUACCAGUCCUGGUUUUGCUACGAGGACGACUUCCCAGUGAGCUCCACCUAUGAGGCCUACUUGCAGCGCAACAUCAACAUGUUGGCCGAGUACAGGACGCGGAAGCAGAACUGCACGGAUGCAAGCUCAAGCUAUAGUGCCAAGCAGAGCGAGUGCAACACCAAGACAUCACCUGUGUCUAUCAAGACGCUUCAUUGUGAGACCUUGAAGUCAAACGCUACAGAGGCCUUCUGCACGCCCUACCAAGGCAAGGUGACGGCCUGCAAUGUCUAUGACAGCUGCUGGGCGGCCUCAGAGGCUGCAGCAACUAGCGCCUACGACACGGCUGUCAGCAUCUCCGAAAACCUCAAGACGCAGUGGAACGCGCUGAAGCGCGUUGAGUGCCUCCUUGAUGUGCUCACCAAGUCCGGUGUCAAGCCUGAGGCCUGCGUGGCUUAG